GCUCAAUCCUUCUCGCUCUCCUCGACGAAUCCUUCGACCAGGAACUGAAACCGCCCUUGCCCUCCUGCACCGACUGUGUCUGCACCAGUUUCGUUCCUGACAUAAGGUUGCAGGAACCGUCGAGAGAACGCGAUGGGGGCGACGGCGAGCAUGCGGCACCAUGAACCACCGUUCUUUGCUAUUGGGGCUUUUUGCACAGUCAGCAGCUCUCCUGAACCUUGAGCGCCCGCGUGGAAAUGAGGCCUCCCCUGAUCGAGGACACCGGAUGAAAUGAGGACGAGGGUCCAAGGAAUCAGGACUUGUUCCACACAUCUAGUGGCGGUGCGUUGGAAGGUCGCUGGUACAUCGGUUCUGAAAUGGAGGAUGAGGUUAUUCAUCCUUCCCCCUGCAGUCAUCCUCCUGGGCGCCCAGACGAAGCAGAAAACACCAACGGAAAAAUGUCCCCAUGCAAGAGAGUAGGUACCAACGCGGCAGCAUGGGAACUUUUGCCUCUUCCCCAUGAUAUGAUUAUCUACGGUGAUGGAUAUGGCCAUCUUCUCAUGGGUGCUCACUCAGGCUGCCACUGCCACUGCCAGCCUUCUAGCCACUCCACUGAGAAAUUGUCGAGUCCUCGUCUAGUCAGGCCAGGGUAGAUAUAUCUCAUCCUUCGACACCAUCCUUGCCCUUCCACGUCCUCGAAGGAUUCUUCCUCUCAUGCUCUUCUCCUCCCCCAUUCUCAUCCUCUCCUGCUCUCUCUCUCACUCUCGAAUUCUGUCCCCCUUCAUCCUUCAAAAUAGAACACACCCAUUAUUCUUCUCUAUUCUUUCCUUUGAAGCGAGGUUCUGCAAUCAAGGUUGUUCCCUUGGCUCUCGAAAUAUUUUGCAUUAACACUCAUCAGUCUAUGUUGGUAACGAUUCAAUCGAAAAGGUGUUGGUCUACUGCUGCGAGGUUAUAGCAUUGUCGCCGUACCACUAAGUAGAGUCUCUGUUCACGAUGGUGUCAACUAUUCUGGGAUUAAUGUUAGUAUCUGUGGAGGUGGUGAUGGCACAAAAGAACCCAAAGACGGAUUUCUGUCGACGAUUUGGACAUCAAACGGCAGUAGUCGAUAAGAAACUUUUCUUGGAUGGAGGACAGGUCAAUUACAACUCGAUACAGGAAAACCCUACAAAUGUCACGAGUAAGUUUAUCCUCCCAACGAGCUAUAUUUACUAGAUAUAGUCAAGAAUUGAGACAUGGGAUGAAUACUGACCUCGCUUCAAGAUACAUUUCUUUCAUACCAUGACUUGACCACAAGUCCAAAGGGGAUUGAGAUGCCCGAGCUCUUUGCAAACUUAUCAAAAAACGCUUCGAUUCCCAGUCUCAGUGGUGGAAGUCUCUGGGCAGAUGCAGUUAACAAGUACUUUUAUCUCUUUGGUGGCGACAACUACGCUUCUCUGCCUACCUCGCCACAAGACGUUUACCGUUACGACAUCAUAAACGAUCAUUGGAACACGAUGGGUCCUCCCACUAGCGAUAUUAAGAGUGUAUCUUGGGGAGCUGCAGUGGGUGCCUCGGCUAUCGGAUCAGGCUUUGUUUAUGGAGGAUGGCUGAGCAAUCUGUCUGUAGCAGGAUGGACGGGACCGCCAAUGGCCACCAACAGUCUCAUCAAAUACGAUAUGGAUAAGAAUCAAUGGUCUAAUAUCACAGGCCCCGAUAAAACAGGUCGAGCUGAAGGGGCUAUGGUUUAUGUCCCAGCAAGUGAUGAUGGGUUACUUGUUCAUUUUGGCGGAGUUGAUGUUGGACCGAAUGGCACUCAAACACCUAAUCCUAUGAAUACCAUUCGAAUUUACGAUAUUCGGAGCACAAAAUGGUAUAACCAACCAGCAACGGGUGAUGUUCCACCCAAUCGAAAACGUUUUUGCGCCGAUUCUGCUUGGUCUGCUGAUCGCACCUCAUAUAAUAUGUACGUACUUUCUCCUGCUAAAAGUUAGUUCCUUUACUGAUAUCUAACAGCUACCUCUACGGUGGAUUGGGGUUUGGGGACAAUGGACCUGGAUUUGAUGAUAUGUGGAUCUUAUCGCUCCCCUCGUUCCAAUGGAUCAAUUAUUACAAAUCGCCAGCUGGUGCCGUAUCCCCACAUCACUCGUUAUCGUGCAAUGUUGUGGGUGGAGGACAAAUGCUGGUUAUUGGAGGUACAUUUCCCAUUACCGAUUCUUGUGAUAGCCCACAGACAUGGGGUGUUCACAAUGCGGAUCUGGGGAAAGUGAGUGGUAAAGCUUGGAAUACUUAUGAUCCCAACAUCACUUCAUACAAGGUGCCUCCUGAGGUCAUCAAUGUUAUUGGAGGCUCGUAAGUAUCCAGUCUUGGUAUCAUGUUCGUUCUUGGCUAAUUGUGACAGUCCACUUGGAGGAGCGAAAACCACUAGGCCACCCAACGGAUGGAAUGCCGAACUGGAGGUCUACUUCCAACAAAAUGGUAGCUCAACCACCCGAGUUCCUACACGAGAACUUCCCAGCGACAAGCAGGGUUCGUCCGGCAUCAAAUUAGCAUCCGGUGCCAUUGCAGGAAUAUCCAUCGGAGGAGCUUUCCUCGUAGCCUCCCUCAUUGUCGGUAUCUGCUUCUGCAUCCGCCGCAAAAAGCACCGAAACCAAAUCCAAAUCGUAUCCCCUCGUCCCCAGCCCAUCACCAAAGCUCUCCCCCAAGUCCCCAAAGAACACUUCAGUCCACAAAGCCAACACUCGCACCCGUACCGUCAAAAGCCCGCACUACAGUCCCACCACCAUCUCAUCACCGCACCCGAACCCGUCGAGCUGUAUGGCAGCCAUUACCGCAUGACGACAGGGUAUACGAAACACGAAGGACUGGGCAUGCAGAAGUUGGAGGAGGCGCAGGCUGAAGCUCCGGCACCGCUUCAUUAUUCAAGAUCUCCUCCGCCUCCCCCUCCGCCGUCGUCUGAACCACCGGCGCUGGCACCGGCACCGGCUGCGUCACCAAACCCGUCCAUGUAUUCUACGCGGAUGGCGACGGGGCAGAGACCUGAGCGAUUGGGGAGUCCGACAGCGGGAUUGGCACCUACUUAUUCGAGGAAUGGGAGGGGCUCGAGGUCGCCGGAGCAGUAUUAUGGUCCUUGAUGAGGUGGAUCGAGACUUUGAGAGUUUUUCCUUCUUGAGCUUUCCCUUUUGUGGUUGGUUGGUUGGUUGCGUUCUGUCCCUCUUUUUUUUUCUCUUUUUUGGGCAGAUUUCAGCGUGUCUUUUUUAUCUUCUGUUUUCUUUUUUGUAUAAACGAUCUUGAACUUAGGGUUUAUGGGAGUUGGAAUAAUCGGCGCUGAACAAAGUUCUUUCCUUCAUUCUUCUCUUUUCUUCCUCAUCCUUUUUUUGAUUUCUGUUUUCUUUGGGCUUUUGGGGCGAUGAGAGUGCUGGAUAUAUCACUGGGAAUACUGCGUGAGAAAGGUCGUAUCGAGCCCAGCUGGGAGUUUGAUGAUCCGGGAUUCGAAGAGGGAUCUUUUGUUGGAUUCUGUGUUUCUUUUUUUAGUUUAUUGGUAUGUUGAUUCCAGUUGACGGGUUUGAGUGUUGAAUGUCAAGUGUUGGGAAAGGGAAAGGGAAAGGGAUGGUUGAUGCGUGAUGGUCUUGUGUUAUUGUAAAGUAGAGUAGAG